UCAUCUGACCCCUCCUCCCUCCCUCUCCGAUCAUAAGAUCCACCAAUUUGCCCACCCACCACAAAACACCAUGGACCACCACCACCAAUGCGUGGCGGCGCUUGUUCUACACGUUCCAUCUUAGAGAGUGAAGUCAAACACAACCCUCUAUAUAAGAAGCCUUCACUAUAUUUUUAUGUAAAUGAUAAUAAUGUGAGAGAGAAAUUUAUCAAAAUGGGAAAAAAUAGCAGAAGAGAGAAAUUAGAUGAUUCAAGAUCAUCUCAAACACUACCUUCUUCACCUUCUCAUUCAUUCUCAUCCUCUUCAGAUUUUGAAUUCACAGUCUCUCUCUCGCCGCGUAAGUCUUCCACCGCGCUUUACCGGCCGGCCGAUGAGCUUUUCUACAAAGGCCAGCUCUUACCUCUCCAUCUCUCUCCCCGCAUUUCAAUGGUCCGUACACUUCUGCUAGCUUCAUCAAGCACUUCCUCCUCCUCCGACACCAACACCACCGCCUCCCGCGACUCCACCGGCAGCUCUAACGACUCCACCGCUUCGUUCGCGAGUGAUCUUGUUUUACUCGGUGACUGUGACUCUUCCAGACCUAGCUCCGUCACCGAGUUUGAUGACGAGUUCAAGAAACUUAAUAAUAGUGGAACCAAGAAAAACAACAAAUAUUUUUCAUUAUCAAGAUUCUCCUCUGUUUUCAAACCGAAGAACCGCGAAAACGACGGCGUUUCCGGCUCUUCGUCGGUGAAAAGAAUGAGCACGACGGCGAGAGAAGUAAUAAGAAAAUAUUUAAAGAAAGUGAAGCCGCUUUACGAGAAACUUUCUCAGAAACAACAGCAAAAAAUGGGAGUAAUUAACAGUUUAAAUAAUCUUAAUCCAAUCAUAAAACCAGAGAGAUCCGACGUCGUUUCAGUCAAGAAUGCAAGAAAUAAAGAAAGCAAUAACAACGGCGGUUUUUCUCAUUCAUUCUCCGGUAAUUUACGCUAUCCAAGGAGGAGAAGCUGUGUAUCAAGCUGUCCGUCAUCGAUGAGGUCAUCGCCAAGCCACUCCGGCGUACUCUGCAAGAACGCCGGUGUAAACUCCGGUAGAGGUGGAAUAUAUUAUGCAGGUGACACGUCAUCAAUGGAGGAAUUACAGAGUGCUAUUCAAGGUGCAAUUGCUCACUGCAAAAACUCCAUGGUUCAAAACAAGAGUAUGAUUAUCAGUAAUGAAAUCUAAUUUUGUUAUGAAUUAGAGACUUUUAGUAAAUUUAAUUAUUUUAAAUCUUUUUUAAGUUUAAUUUUAGUGGCAUGCAUGUGAAUUACUCUGGUGUUAGCUUCUUCGUAGUUGUUUCAGAGUAGCGUAGUGGUAAAAAGCUGCAUGUGGUGCAUUAAUUAAUUAAUUAUUCUAAUUUAAGCUCUUCAA